UGUGUGUGUUAGCAUGUGUGUGUGUGUGCGCAUUACAUUUUAACACAGCGAUGUUAAUUGUGUUCAUAUCUGUACUUUAUGAUAUGUUUUUAGAUUAAGACUUUUUUGAUGAUGGCAGUGAAUCUGAGUAAACAUGGCACUGCUCUCUCAGAUGCUUAUACAGAAGUUGUGGACGGUAAAACUGGCACUAACUGGGUGCUAUUCACAUAUGAAGGAAAUAGCUAUGACAUCCAAGUAGCAUCAAAAGGAGGUGGAGGUUUGUAUGAGAUGGUACAGGAGCUCAAUGCAGGUAAAGUGAUGUAUGCAUUCUGCAGAGUGACUGAUCCGAAUUCUGGAGUGACAAAAUUCAUUCUCAUUAAUUGGACUGGUGAAGGAGUGACAGGUGUGAGAAGAGGCGUGUGCUCUAAUCAUUUAUACACCAUGGCCAGUUUUUUAAGGGGAGCUCAUGUGACGAUAAAUGCACAUUCAGAAGACGAUGUUGAGCCUGAACUCAUCAUGAAUAAAGUCUCUCAGGCUGUAGGAGUGAAUUACAGUGUACACACUGAAACAAAUCGAUUUAACAACACUGCAGCCUCACAUCCUGUGGGUUCAGCAUACUGCAAAACCCACAUGUUACAAGAAAUUAAGGAAACUGACAGGGAAACCUUCUGGGCCCAGAUGGAGAAAGAAGAACAAGCUCGUCGGCAGCAGGAGCGAAUGAAAGCAGAGGAGGAACGACAGAGAUUGGAGAAAGAGAGAAAAGAACAGGAGGAGAGAGAGACGGUUGAGAGAGAGCGACGGCAGAGAGAGAGAGCCAAACAAAUCAAUCAGCUGAGACUGUUUGAGAAGAGACAGGAAAGCCAACUUCAUAAUCAGCAGCAGCAGGAACCGGUGGAGCAAGAACCUCAGGCUGCUCAGUGGAAAGGAAUAAGAAGUUCCAGAUCUGUUCAGGAAGCCAAUGGUUCAAAGUAUUUUAAAACCAGUGCUUUAGAGGAAAUUAAUGGAACUGACAGGGAGAUUUUCUGGGCUCAAUUGGAGAAAGAGGAACAAACUCACCGUCACCAGGAACAAAAGAAAGAAGAGGAGAAACGACAGAAAUUGGAGAAAGAGAGAAAAGAACAGGAGGAGAAAGGGGCGGCUGAGAGAGAGCGAUGGCAGAGGGAGAGAGCCAAACAAAUUGAUCAACUGAGACUGCAUGAGAAAAAUCAGGAACUUAAAAAUCAAAAUCAACAGAAAUUGGUGGAGCAAGAACCUCAGGCUGCUCAGUGGAAAGGAAUAAGAAGCUCCAGAUCUGUUCAGGAAGCCAAUAAUGCAGCAGCCGUUAUCUCUCAGCGUGCCAUCAAUCCCAGAGACAUUUUCAUUCAAAAAGAAACAAACGUCCUCACUAACAGAGCUUCUGCUUCUCAACCAGAUUGUAAUGAAGAGAAUCGUCUGGAGGAAAACGCAGUUCCAUCACAUCACAGAAUCUAUGAGGAGGUGGAAGGUGACACAGGGUCUGCAGGUCUGCAGCAGAAUCUCUAUGCUAAAGCGCUGUAUGAUUAUCAGGCAGCUGAUGACACUGAGCUCACCUUUGACCCUGGUGACAUUAUCACUGUUGUUGAGAUGACUGAUGAAGGCUGGUGGCACGGUUAUGGACCCAGUGGAAACUAUGGGAUGUUUCCUGCUAAUUAUGUGGAGCUCAUUUAAAUUGCAAUUAAAUGUUUACUCUAUUCCUCUAAUAGUCUGAUGGUUUGGUGGUUGUGUAAUUAAUAUGUUCAUCAGGUUACUGUUUAACUGGGUUUCUUUGAAAACUGUAUUUCUGAUCACAAACAUUUACAACAAACUGCUAAAGUACA